AAACACCAUACUCUCCUCAAUGACGUAGGUUUAGAGCCAAAACAGAGCAGCUUGUGUUGCAGACACAGAUCAGUGAUCUCAGACAGCAGUCUGCCUUGACCCUUGCCAUCGUUAUAACGGAUUGAGUCGUACAGUACAGCGCAUAAGCAACCGUGCAAAUAUCGAAUAACGCGUCUCUGUCACCUACUUCUCACCUGUCUCCAACCCCACCUGUAAUUAUCGCGAGAUCUCACUGACGGGGUUCGGUCAAAGUCUCGUGUCAGCGGAGAAAGUGACGUUUUGAUCUGGAAAACCAAAACAAAUGUGAUCGACGCCCUUUAAGCAGGGUCCCUGGUUCUGUAAAAUGUGAAAUCUUCUGGCAUGUAAGCACAUAACACCAAAGCUUCUUUCCCUGAUGAAGCUAUGAGCCAGCCUUCCAGAAACCAUCGUCCGCAGAGAGAGAGAAACGGAGGACAGCAUAGUGAGAGGCGAGACCGAGAGCCCCGCAGCCGACGGGACAGUCCCAGUGACCGGUCAUCUGGCCAGCCCUCUUAUAACCCCAGAGGUUCUCAGAGACAUGUGAGGAGCGAUCCUCAAGAGGAGCGCCGGGAGUCAAAGUGCUCUCACAUCUGUUCCAGGAGAGGUAUUGUGUUGAUAUGUGCCGUGCUGACCAAUGCGCUGGUGCUCAUAUGCGUGGUGGCUGCUCACAUGUCACAGAUGGGCAUGUCUGCGAUGGGCAUGGGCGGAGGGAGCUUCAUUGAUGCCAUGAUUCCUUUUGAGGGGGUGGAGCUGAAGCAGGUGCGUGAGCUUGACAUGCAGUUCGGACAGAUGAGAGCACCAGGAGUCUAUGGAGGUGUGGCCUUCUGCCUCACUUUUGGUGCACUUACACUCCUGUUUGUAGUGUCCAGCAGCAAACCCCCCCACAUGCUUCCAAGGAAGCUCCUGAUUGGACAGUUUGCCUUCCAGAUCAUUGGUGCAGUGGGUUACGUGGUUGCUGUAGGUUUGUACCUACACUUCGUGAUCUCCGUGAACUCAACGGAUGUGUGCGCCCGGCGUGAACGACUGUAUGCUCGUAACGGAUAUACCUGGAUGAACUGUAGCGUAGGUGGGGGGGAUGCAGCUGUUGCGCUGUUUGGAAUCAUAACUGCAAUUCUGUAUGCUGCCGGGACCUUUUUAACGGGACAAACAAUCCAGGAUGUCAGACGUUACUUGAAGGAGCGUGACCGCUAUGAAGCCGAACGCAGAGAACAACCCAGAAGUCCUCUGAAAACACCUCCUCAUCCUGACACUUACGUCUGAGUUGUGCAGCAAACUCGUAACCCUCUGGAAUGGAUGUAUAUAAACUGGCUUUCUUUAUUUUUUUAAACAAUUUUGACUGUGAGAAACCUGUUUUUAGAAUUUGUAUGCAUAUUAUAGUCUCAGGCUUUUUAAUUAUGACAUUUUUCAACUAAUAACCAGUGAAUAAAUAUUGUAUAAAGGUUUUUUUUGUUUGUUUUUUUUAUGGAAAAAAAAGUGCAAUAGAGUGCUGCAGCUUUGACGGCAAAACUCAGAAGACUAAUUGGCCAUGGCUCCGCUUAAGAUUUUCCUAUGGAUUUUAAAAUGGGGUUUUUCAGAUCAUGAGUAAACUAAGGGCUGUGGUAAACAUCACUUGGUGCACUUUUGGUACAACUUGGCGUUUUGCUCUACAGUGUAAAUCACACACACUCAAAAAUGUUCUGUUGUAGUUACUUACUCAGGGUAUUUCUGGGUACUGAAAAGCCCUAAAUUUCCCUUCCACAAAUUCAGGCCUUAAACGUUUUAUAAUGGGCUUAUGGCAUUAAAUGUUGCAUGCACUGCAUCUUUGUUCCGUCUUAUUUUCCGUUUCAAACAUCUAAACAAUUUACUUGAGAUGCAAAUUAAGAUAUGAGUGUUUUUUAAAAGAGUAAGAGAGUUUAUUAAAACAUCUGUAAAUGAAAACUUGCUUCCCCUUUUAAUCCAGUUGAUCUCUCUGAGCCCACUGGCAGAUGUUUGUCUUUCCCCAGUGAUCAUAAAUUCAUUUCAUUUUGAUGAAUUUCCCAGUAAACAGGACGUCUUAUCAAAACAAGACAAUAAAUACUGAGGAGCACCACUUUUUGUGCAGUGUGAUCAGAAGGUACGGUAAAGUGCUGGUAAAUAUUAAUGUGCUGUGUUCCCCUUUAUUGUAUUCCUUAGAUUUUCUUUGAUAUUUCAAAGUCUUAAAUUUACCUUCAUGAACUUGUAGAAACCAUGAUAUUACAAACAUACUGUACAUUUUUGAAAAAUGAAAGGGGUCAUCGGAUGCCC